AAUCAGAUAGAUAACAUCACAAGAUAACACAAAACCGUUGAAAACACAAGAGCUUCUUCACUUGCAGUCACGGAGCUUUUUGAAACGGCCAUCAUCAAAUGGCCUCUCUUACACUCGGCGGCUUCAGCAUGACUGUCCGUACAAGACCAGUCACAAGAACCAAUCACAAACCCUGCAGAAUCUCCUGCGUUAAAUGGGACCCAGAGGGGCUAUAUGGGCCACCACAAACAGGCCAUUUGGCUCGACGGGAGAUCAAUAGAAGGCUCGAGAAAGACGCAGAGUUUCGCGAGGCAAUUGAGCAGCAAGCCCGUGAAGAAAAACAGCGUCGCCACGCUCUUCGCCAAUCUAGGGUGAUACCGGACACUUCAGAAAAGCUGAUAGAGUACUUUCUUGAUACUGAAGCUCAAGAGAUUGAGUUUGAGAUUGCUAGACUGAGGCAACGAUUGAACCAGGAAUUUUUCUCGCAGCUACAAUUUGAACUGGGGCAGCUUCGUUUUGCUGUUUCAAAAACUGAGGAGAUGGAAGACAGAUUGAUUGAGUUGGAAGCACUACAGAAAGCUCUGAAGGAAGGAAUAGAAGCCUACGAUAAAAUGCAAGGUGAACUUGUAAAAGCAAAGAAAAGCCUGACAAAAAUGUUGACAUCAAAGGAUGUAAAAGCCACUUUGCUGGAAAUGGUUGAGCAGAAUGAACUUAACAGAUCAUUGUUAACGCUUCUUGAUGAAAACAUAGCAAGCGCCAACCAAGGUAAACAGAAAGAAGCAGCAGCUUUCAUGGAAAAGCUGCGUGCAGCUGUUCUCAAGUACAUGACAGUUUAGCACGAAGGUAAUGGUGGUCCUCACCGCCGGCAGGAAAGUGAAGAGGGGAGGAAGCCGUUCCAGAUCGCCCCGUCGUGUAGAGUUUCUUGUGGCAGCAUUGUUCCCAGUGAAAAGACUCAUGCCUUUUGUUUUUUAAUUAAUUUUUUUGUUUAAUUUAGUUUAUUAAUAUUAAAUAUUUUUUUCAUUUAGUUAUCAGACUUUCAUGACAUGGAUCUCAGGUUUGACGAGUUAACAUGGUUUGAUAGGUUAACCCAAUUAAUUCAGAUUUUUUUUCUUUUUCUUCAUUAGUUUUUUUUCUUCCUAUAUGUUUUUUUCUUUGUUUUUUAUUUUUAAUUAAUAUUUUUUUGUUUAAUUUAGUUCAUUAAUAUUAAAUUUUUUUUAUUUAGUUAUCGCACUCUCAUGACAUGAAUCUUGGGUUUGACGUAUUUACUUGAUUUAGCGGGUUAACCCAUUUGAUUUAGAUUUUUUUUCUUUUUCUUCAUGAGUUUUUUCCUUCCAAUUUUAUCUUUUAAUAUUGUAAUUAUAACUAAAAGAGAUCAACCUUUCACUGUGGAUUGCACUGUGCAAAUCCAUAGUGAAAGGUAGAUGCCUUUUAAUUAUAGGUUUUUUUUUUGUUUUUUUCUUUUUAAUUAAUAUUUUUUUUGUUUAAUUUAGUUUGUUAAUGUUAAAUUCUUUUCUAUUUAGUUAUCACACUCUCGUGACACGAAUCCCAGGUUUGACGGAUUAAUCUGAUUUGACGGGUAAACCUAGUUGAUUCAUAUUUUUUUUCUUUUUCUUAAUUAAUUUUUUUCUUCUAAUUUUAUCUUUUAAUAUCAUUUGAUUGAGAAUUAAAUUUCAUGAUUUGUUAUGUUUAAUUUUCAUUAGAUUAUCAUAAUCUCAUGAAGGGAUUUUAUUGUACCUCUUCUCGCAAAGCACUAUUCGUUGGAAUAGUGCUUUGUUUUGUUUUUUUUUCUUUUCAAAUAACUUUUUUUUUAUUUAAUUUUAUUCUUUAAUAUUAAUUUUUUUUAUUUUGUUAUCACACUUUCAAGAAACGACAUUACAACUAGGCUCACAUCCAAGGUUCUUGGCUCUAGUGUUGCAGUCAAAUCCAAGGCUCUUGAACGUGGCAUUGCAGCCAGAUCCACUUAAACUUGAGUAAUGCAAGUUUAAUAUUAUUAUUUUUAUUAUAAUGAAUAUUGCUUAUAUAAUAAUUAAUAAAUUUGAAAAAAAUAUUAUUAGUUUUAGGUUUUUUUUUUGCUUUUUUCUUUUUAAUUAAUCUUUGUUAUGAUUAAUUUAGUUUGUUAAUAUUAAAUUAUUUUCUAUUUAAUUAUCACUUUUAUGACAUGAAUUCCAGGUUUGAUGGGUUAACCUGAUUUGACGAGUUAAACCAGUUGAUUCAGAAUUAUUUUUUCUUAAGCUAUUUUUUUCUUCCAAUUUCAUAUUUUAAUAUCGAUUUGAUUAAGAAUUCAAUUUUAUAAUUUAUUUUUUUUACUUUUCAUUAGAUUAUUGUGAUCUCAUGAGGACACUUUACUAUACCCUUCCUUACAAAGCACUAUUCAUUGGAAUAGUGCUGGGUUUUAUUGUUUUUUUCUUUUUAAUUGAUUUUUUUUGUUUAAUUUCAUUCUGUAAUAUUAAAUUUUUUUUUCUAUUUAAUCAUCACACUUUUAUGACAUGAUCUUGCAGCUAGACCCACAUCCAAGGCUUUUUGGUUUGGUGUUGCAGUCAGAUCUACUUAAACUUGGGUUAUGCAAGUUUAAUAUUAUUAAUAAUAUUAUAAAUAUUACUCUU